GUUGUAGACAACGACAGACCAGAGGGCGCGAAAUUCAGAAUUUUUGGGAAGGGAGUGGAGCAGGAGCCGAAAGGAUUUUUCAAGAUCAUUGAGAAUACCGGAGAGGUCAUGGUGACGCGACCCCUUGAUAGAGAAGUGGCAGCCACCUACCAGCUGCAAGUGGAAAUCACUGAUGCCAACGGCAAAAGUAUAGAAGGUCCGGUCCCUCUCGACAUCGUCAUUAUCGACCAGAAUGACAACAGGCCCAUCUUCCGGGAAGGACCGUACAUCGGUCAUGUCAUGGAAGGGUCUCCGACAGGAAGUACAGUGAUGAGAGUGACAGCGUUUGAUGCCGAUGACCCCGCUACGGACAAUGCCCUGCUGAGAUAUAACAUCCUUAAGCAGACUCCCGACAAGCCGUCACCGAACAUGUUCUAUAUUGACCCGGAGAAAGGAGACAUCGUCACCGUGGUGUCACCAGCCAUGCUGGACCGAGAA